AUGGCUGACUCUAACAGGCUUCUCCCCCCUUCCUCUUCUUCGUCCUCUUCUUCGUCCUCUUCUUCGUCCUCUUCUUCGUCCUCUUCUUCCUCUGGCUCUCCUGGGUCGGCUGCCUCGCAUGCAGAGGACGCGGCCUACUUGGAUCCUGCCCAAGCAGUCGAUGCUGCGCUUGUUCUCCCCAGCGAAGAGGAGAUGGACGACGAUGUGUCCAUGGAUGACGAAGACGAAGUUGACGAGUCAGGUUUCCCUGCAGCCCCGCCAGGAUGCCGCUGGGUGAUCGAGACGCCCGACGGCGAGUUCGUUGAUGUUCCGCCUUCCUCUGCUUCGCCUUUUCUCGUUGCCGAGGCUUCGCGCCGGCUGAAGGCUGUCUGCGAGGGGGCCGAGGACUCGAUCGUGUCUGCUGCGGUCUCCCCGCUCCGACUCAGCGGAAACAGUGUCGUCGCCUUGGGCUCGUGCGACGACAAAUGCCGACUCUACCUUCUUCCUUCGCUGCCGCCGGCCGAGGGCCGUCCCCACCUCGCCUGUGCCGCCCCCGCCACGCUCCUGGCCCCCGCCGCUGUCCUCGAGGAAGGAAAAGAUACCGUAUCCGCCACGGCCUUCUCCUUCGACGGUCGCCUCCUCGCCUGUGGAUGCUUCGAUGGAGACGUGCGCAUCUACUCUGUCCUCUGUUCUCCUCCCUCUUCUUCCACCUCUCCCGCUUCUUCCUCUUCUUCCUCUGCUUCGGGUGCACAGUCCUGCGCGGGCGAGGCGUCAGAACCCGCUUCGUCCCCUCUCGCAGUGUCGCUGCUGCAUCAGUUGAAAGGCCCCGCGGAAGAUGUGACGGCGCUCGCCUUCCACCCUCGCGGGUACGCGGUGCUGGCGGUCUCCGCCGACCAGACGGCGUGGACGUGGUUGCUCCCGACCUCGCCUGAGAAGCGCAGCGGCUCUCGCGCGCCGGAGCCUGUCGCGCUCUCGGUCUUCGUGGCCGGCGCGCCGUUGACUGCAUGCGCCUUCGGCGCUGAGGGGAAGACGUGCGUCGUGGGCGCGGCAGAUGGAUCGGUGAGUGUGUUUGAGGCAAAGACGGGCCGAACCCUCGCGUCGUUUCUCCACCCCGCGUUCGAACCUCUCGCCAAGGCUCCCGGGGCGUGUGUGCCGCGUCCGCAGCUCCACGCGUUCGGCGCCGAGAGAAGAGCGGCGGGGCGAAGCGAAGAAGACCAAGAACCAGACGCUGCUCCGCGAGGAGUGGUGACUCUCAAGCUGUACGCGUCGUCGGGCGACGGCUCCAGUUCGGGGAGCGCCAAGGCGGCGAGUGCCUCGAAACCCGGAGACGACGCGCGAGCCGCGGCCACGGGGUUCGAGGGCCUCGUCUGUGUGGGGUACGAAGACGGCUGGCUACUCCUCUUCAACGAGAAAACAGGGAAGAUCUUGUUCGCCUCUGCUGCACACACAGGCUCCGUCGAGGCGGUCGAGUUCCUCCUUCCCGGCUCGGAGGCCUGCGGGGGGGACAGCGACGCACGUGCUCAGGUCACCCGCGAGUUCUUCGCUGGAAAGGCCGAAGCUGGAGACGAAGGCGAGACGAGCUCGCGGGAGGCCGCGCUUACUGCCGCUGCGGCGCGCGCCGCCUGGGAAGGCCAACUCGCGCAAGGGUGUCUCCUCACGGCGGGUCUCGAUGGAGACGUUCUCGUCUGGAACGUCGCGCAGCGGAAAGUGCGCGCGACGCUCUCACUCUCUUCCCUCGCCGUCUCCUCCUUCCCUGCGGCGCGGCCUGACGCUGCGUCGGGAUCGGCUGCGUCGGGAUUGGCUGCGUCGGGCUCGGCUACGCCGGCGGAGCCCAGCGACGAAGGCGAGCGGGCGGAGGACGCGGAACAGCUCUUCGCUAAGGACGAAGGCAUCACGCGGCUGUGUCUCCAUCCUCACGCUCUCCCCGUCGUCGCACUCGGCACGACCGAUGGCAAGGUCCUGCUGGCUGACGUUCGCCAAGGCGACGCCUUGAGCGUCUGGGCCGCGCACGAGUCAGGGGCAGUCAUGGAGCUGCACUCGCUCGCGCAUGCAGACGAGGAAAAAGGCGCGAAAGGCGCGAACGACGCGGGCCGAAGCCAAGCCAGCGGACGCGUCUGGAACGUCCUCAGCGCGGGGGAAGACGGCCUCGGAAAGGUGUGGAGCGUCGACGUCCUCGAGGGCGUGCGACAGCGACAGCUGUGA